AUGGAGAACCAAGUUGUGUCUUCUUCGACCUCUCCCACACCGAUCGAGGCCAUGGAGGAGAUACCAGCGGAGAGGAACAAUCUGAGACUAGGGUCUCCUCAGGAGGCUAUGUCGAGCCCUAGUUUCAGAUCCGGUCCUGUCGGAACAGGAGGUGAGAUCAUGAAGUUAUACCCAACAAAAUCAAAUAAGAUCUACACUUGUCCCUUUUGCAAGAAAGGGUUCCCAACCUCUCAAGCCUUAGGUGGUCACCAGAACGCACACAAACAGGAGCGGGACUGGAGCAAGAAGCAGAAGGAGAUGGAAGCAGACUUUCCAGGACUCACGUUUUCUUACACUUUGCUAGAGAAGCCUCACUUGAUAUUAAGUGGAUAUUCACGAGAUGCUUUAUCAAAUGAUAAUCAUCUUGGGUUCACCCUUGAACCUAUUAAACGCCCAAGAAGCGGCAUGUACCCAUCGUUCGGUAGUGGACUAAACAACGUGGCCAUAGUUCCUCGCAUUACUACUCCUACUCGCUUCUUCAAUGGUACCACUUGUACCAACGGUUCUUCUUCAAUGGGGCUUGCAUCAAGACCCUCUUACAACAACAAUAAUCCACCGAUGAUCCCUAGAAACCUUCCACCUUUUACACCUCCUCUUCGAGCCACCAAUGUCUCUAGCGUUUACUAUUCACAAAAGAAUGUAUUGAGUGAGGAGAAUCUCAUCUCAAAGGUAGGGAAUGACAAGAUUGUCCAGAUUGAUGAUGAUGAUGAUGAUGAUCAGACAGAAGAAGGGAUAUCUAAAAGCUGGGGAACUGAUUUAUCUCUAUCCCUUUGA